CUGUCAGACACGCCCCGCUGGCUUCCUAUUGGCUGGCUGACACCACCUCCCUCCCCUUCCUUAUUAGCAUUCAGGCAAUGCUGCUUGUAAGAAGGGCAGAGAGAGGGAGUGACAGAGAGAGAUUUACAUAUAGGUAGAAGGAGGUGCAUGUGGCAAGACGAGGGGAAAGGAAGAGGGGAAAGGAGAAGGAAGGAGAGAGAGAGUGAGGGAGGGAGAGAGAGAGCUAGACAGAGAGCGAGCAAGGGCUGCAUUCUGCCAAGAGGGAGCCGAAGAAGGCAAGAGCAUCUGCAGAGGCAGACAGAGAGACAGAUCUGUCCUGGAUUCCCCCCUCUUCCCACAUAAGGACGCAGCCCUUUCCUCCUCCCUGACCGGAGGGGACCGUACACGGAAUCGUACUCCAGCCUCGGCAGCCUCCGUGUGUUGGAGGAGAGAGAGGGGUGUGAAGGGGGUGUGUGGCGCCCUGGUGGGUGCAGGCGUGUGAGCAUGUGUGUGUGAGUGUGUAUCUGGUUGUGGCGGUUGGUGAAGCAGGGCCCGGUAUAUGGAUAGGAGCUCACUGUUUCAGCUCAUUCAGGAGCAGCUGGACCCCGAGCAGACUGGUUUCAUUGCGGUGGAGAACUUCACCAGUCUGGCGGAGCAGCAUGAGCUGCAGCUGGACCCCAGCAAGCUGGACAUGCUGCUGGCCCUCGUUCAGAGCGACCAGCACGGCCACGUCUGCUACCAGGAGCUCAUCGAGCUGCUAAGCAGCAAGCGCUCCAGUAGUUUCCGGCGUGCUAUUGCCAAUGGGCGGCGCACUCUGCAGCGCGAGAUCCUAUUGGACGAGACGGGCCUGGGCGUGUACAAGCGCUUUGUGCGCUACGUGGCGUAUGAGAUCCUCCCGUGUGAGACGGACAGACGCUGGUACUUUCAUCAGAACAGGCUCUGUCCUCCACCGGUCUUCAUGGCCAUCGUCACCAUAGUGCAGAUUGUGGUGUUUAUGUGUUAUGGGGUGAGGCUCAACAAGUGGGUUCUGCAGACGUAUCAGCCAGACUUCAUGAAGAGCCCACUGGUGUAUCAUCCAGGACACCGAGCCCAAGUCUGGAGAUUCUUCAGCUACAUGUUCAUGCAUGUUGGGUUGGAGCAGCUGGGUUUUAAUGCGCUACUCCAGCUGAUGAUUGGCGUUCCUCUGGAGAUGGUACACGGAAUUCUGAGAAUCAGCCUUCUCUAUAUGGCAGGAGUGGUGGCAGGUUCUCUCACUGUCUCUAUCACUGAUAUGCGAGCGCCGGUGGUCGGUGGCUCUGGAGGAGUCUACGCACUCUGCUCUGCCCAUCUUGCCAACGUCGUCAUGAACUGGGCCGGGAUGAAGUGUCCGUACAAGUUACUGCGGAUGAUCCUCGCGCUGGUUUGCAUGAGUUCAGAGGUGGGCCGAGCGGUGUGGCUGCGCUUCUCGCCGCCGUUGCCGUCGUCAGGGCCGCAGCCAAGCUUCAUGGCCCACCUGUCGGGUGCCGUGGUGGGGAUCAGCAUGGGCCUGCUUAUCUUGCGCAGCUACGAGGAGUCGUUGCACAAGCAGUGCUCGUGGUGGGUCCUCGUCUUCUCCUUCGUCACCUUCCUACUCUUCGCCAUCUUCUGGAACAUCUUCGCGUACGAGCUGUUAGGAGUCCAAAUUCCGCCUCCGCCCUGAUGAUACGCCCCCGACCGUUUCCUCACUCCGGCUGCAGAUGGCCACACAACCUUCAAGAAACUGGAUUUCUUGAUGGCCUCACUCCCCUUUUUGUUACAGGCUCCGCCCCCCCCCCUUUUGACCAAUACUGGACGGAUGGUCCAAACAGGAAGAUUGGAAAUUCUUACAGUGAUUUUUUUUCUUUCAGGACUUUUCUUAACGUGUUACUACUUAGACUCUUUAUUUACACACUCCCACUUGACCACUUCUAAAGCCAGGAGAGGAAGAAAUGAAUGACCUUUUAAUCACAUUGGUUUAUUUUUGCUCAAUUUUCAUCAAAAUCCAUCCUUUUCAGCUUUCAGUUCAAACGUUAUAUUCAGCGGAUUUUGAUUUCAUGAUUUCAAAAUGGUGCGUUAUUAUUUUUUAUUGCUGUUACACUGUCUCUUGUUCAGUGUCUUUGGAAAGCUGAAUGGAACUACAGUUUCAUAAAGAGUUUCUGAUCCUACACACACACACACACACACACACACACACACACACACACACACACACACACACACACACUCCAUCUAAAGCCCAGUCUUUCUUUAUGCAGCUCUUGCCCUUUAACAUCCUUCACACUUCAUGAGGUCAGAGGGUAAAGUCCUUGAUAUCAGCCUUUGAGAGUCACCUGGUAAAUGUUGCCUUGGUUACUGUCAGCCAUUUGCUAUGGCAGCCAUUAUCAAGGUGUUUUCUCAUUGUGGUAGCAAUGGUUGAGACAAUUGAUUGCAAGUAUUUUGUAAAAAUUCAGAGGAAUUGUAAAAAGCCUAUGACUGAAAUAGUAAGUAAAAAACAUAUGACCCCUAAAUUUCUCAUUUUUCAAAUGAGCCAGCUGCAAUCGUGAGAACGUUUUGCCGAAACAAAGUCCUGCCUUCGAAUACACUGAGGCGAAGUCCCAGACGCUAGAGUUUGCUCGUAACCACCAUUGCGAAACAUAACAAAGUAGACAUUGUUUAGUUCACAGAAAUACCUCAACGCAAAGAAGGAUCCCUAAAAAUGAAAAUAAUGUACAGCUGCCGCAGCUAGCUAAGAGUGUGCUAGCUCAUGGUUGACUAGCGAGAAAAAAACUCAGCUAAAGCCUGACAGAGCAAAGUGUCUGUAAUCACUUAGCUAAUGUUAGACUUUAUUUAUUUUACUAAACAAUCAUUCAAAUUUUACAUUUGCUAACAUCACUCACAAAGCAUUAUGGGUAGCACAUUAUUGUUUGUGAGAAAAACUUUGUAACAUCCACAAAGCUUGAUAAGAUGAAUUCUGUGUUCUUGUGUUUGAGAUGUUUUUUUUUGUUUGUUUGUUUGUUUGUUUUUAUGGCUGAUGUUAUAGUAAGAAUGCUAGCGUUUGGGACAGACCCUACAAGGGCAUUUUUCACUCUAAGGUUGCCAGAUAUCAGGAAAUCUCAUCCAUGUGAGGAUUUCUGAAGGCCUUACACUACAAAGUACUCAAUUCUGCAGUGCCAAGUUACCAUUCGCUAAGCUGCUAAUGUCAAAUUGUAUAUUCAACAAGAUUGAAUAUCUUUAUUUUUGUUUACGUUCCUAACUUUCAAAAAAACAGGGGGGUUGUAGGGUUGUUAUAUGAGACGGGAGCGGGGUGGGGACAGUUGGGUGGUAGGGGGGAUGUAGACCUUUUUGAAAAGCACGACAACGUUGCAGGUGUGUGUUGUUGUAAACUUUCGUGCCAUGAGUUGUAUAUUUCUAUUUGUACCUCUAUUUAUUCCAGUCAUCGUUCUGUGCUUGCGGCUUCUGUGCAUCGAGCUGUGUGAUGAUGAUGAUGCGAGAUGUGCUUUAAAACAACGCAGCACCUCAAACACACAUUACGGUCAAGUCUGUGAGGACUACAAAAAAGGAUCAAUUGCAAUGAACAUUGGUGGACCUGGCUGUGUUCCAAUAAAAGGCCUUAAAUCCUUUUCACUAUUCUCUGUCUAAGGCGUAGUCCCUAGCCAAGGUGAAAUGCUGGAGGGUGAUUUGGGACAACACCACAGUGAGCACAAACCUGCAACCCUUAUUCUCAUAAUGAAUACAUGAUUAACUAAUCUACGGUGUCAGGUUGGAACGCUCUUGAUUUAAGUCAAGUCAAGCUUUAUUUAUAGAGUACAUUUAAAACAACAGAACUCUUGAUGAUAGGGAGGACCACUCUUUAACUGAGGGAGGACCACUUUUGAUGUUAGGGAGGACCACUUUUGAUGUUAGGGAGGACCACUUUUGAUGUUAGGGAGGACCACUCUUGAUGUUAGUGAGGACCACUUUUGAUGUUACGGAGGACCACUCGAUGUUAGAACCACUUUUAAUGUUAGGGAGGACCACUCUUGGUGUUAGUGAGGACCACUGAUUAAUUAAGGGAAGACCACUUUUUAUGUUAGGGAGGACCACUCUUGAUGUUAGUGAGGACCACUCGAUGUUAGUGAGGACCACUCUUGAUGUUAGUGAGGACCACUCUUGAUGUUAGGGAGGACCACUCUUGAUGUUAGGGAGGACCACUCGAUGUUAGUGAGGACCACUCGAUGUUAGUGAGGACCACUCGAUGUUAGAACCACUUUUGAUGUUAGGGAGGAACACUCUUGAUGUUAGGGUGGACCGCUCUUGGUGUUAGUGAGGACUACUGUUUAAUUAAGGGAGGACCACUUUUUAUGUUAGUGAGGACCACUCUUGAUGUUAGGGAGGACCACUUUUGAUGUUAGUGAGGACCACUUUUGAUGUUAGUGAGGACCACUCUUGAUGUUAGGGAGGACCACUCUUGAUUUAAGGGAGGAUCACCAUUGAUGUCAUGGAAUUAUAAGACCAUGGUAAUAACAAAUGCUAUUUGCUAAAGCAGCACAUAAGAUUUUUAAGCUUCUGUUAACUUACAGUGUGAUAUUUGUUCAUACCUUCUUCUAACCAUGAUUUUUUUAUAUCCAUACGAAAGAUUAGCUGUCAGGUGGGAGUUCCUCCUUAGUCAUAGACCAGCUAGCCAAGUCUGAUCCAAAGAUGAUCUCAAUUUCAGCAUGCCAGGCUCAGUAUUUGUUGCAAUUGAUCUCCCUUUUAUCAAAGCCCUGGAGACACCCAAUCCGAGUCUUCAAUCCAAUCUGUUGAUCUACUUAUUGCCGGAGUUAGAGUGUGUAGUUGGAACGCUGUGUGGCUGUGAAUUUAUUGUAGGGCACUGUGUGGAGACUCGGGAGGUAAAAGGAUCAUGAAUCUUCAUCAGAGAGUACGAAAAAGCCCAUAAGGAAGAAGCGACUGAAAGAUUGGGAAAUGAGGGACGAGGGAGAAGCGAGAAGUAGGAAGAUGAUUAACAGCAAGGAGGUGAGGAAGAAGAUGAAAAUGUUUUGAGAAGGGUGGAAAAUAAACUAUAAUAACAGUAUAUUUUUUAAAAAUGUGUUAAUUGGUCCCGAGAGAAACCAGAGUAGCACAUCAGACUGUUAUUAUCAGAGUGUUCCUUAUUCUUAUGGAAAGGUGUGUAAGUGUCUGUUUUGGCAUGUUAGAGGCUGUGAAGUACCAUUAGUCGGUACCCUGUGUUCCAGUACUGGUUUAACGACCACUUGUCAACUUCCCUUUGCAAUUUCUCCUUGGUUGAGAGGUGUUCGACAUCUGCAAUGGGAAGUUUUAGGAAAGCGGAUAGAAGAUACUAAAUAAAGACAAGAUCAGGGCUGCGUUACAGUAUCAUUUUUUAGCAUGCCCUUGUUGACUUUCGCAGGUAAUUUUUUCUUAGGAAAAUCCCUGCGUUCAUCUUAAUGGGCAUUAUAGCGUAAUAUUUCAGCUGAGUCAGCACAACUGAAGUUUAUUAGAUGAGCCACUUCAGGCAACAUGGCUGUAGACGUCAGGAGUAGAACCCAAAAGGCAUUGAAAUCUGAUUUCCUUUUUUUUUUUUCAAAAA